AUGCCGACGUCACGGUCACAAACGCGCUCAUCGGCGAUGAACACUUUUUCGUCCUUCCGUUUCGCUGCAAAUGCGGUUCUUCGUCCAUCCUACAUACUUCUACACGUCCGCCACAAGUCCGCCAAGCCUCUCGGACGUUUACGAAACCACGAAAUCAAGUACAACGCGGUAUUGAGAAAGGACAAGGAGGGCAAUUUGGCGCCAACGACCAUGCAGGCGCUCCUCAAAGAAAUCGACCUGACCCAGGAGCGCAUAGAGCUCGUUGCCGAGAAGCCCUCGCCCAUUGUCGUGGUCGUGAAUAUCAAACAGGACAUGUUGAGGGUGAAGCGGGUGAAGGAGAAGCAGCGGGUAGCAAACAAGAAGGACCAGGCGAAAGAGCUCCAGUUGACUUGGACAUCAGAGGAGAGCGACAUGGAGCAUAAACUCAAUCGGUUGCGACAACACCUCGAGACCGGAGCACGCAUGGACGUUGUGUUCUCUACCAAACCAAAGACGGUGGCUCCCCCAGUCAAAAUCCAGCAGCAAAAGGUCGCAGAUGUUAUUGAGCGGUUGGCGGAAGUAUCAACACAGUGGAGACCGGUCGAAUGGCGGAAGAAUUUGGCGAUUAUAUCUCUGCGUGGCUCUAAACUUGUGUCCCAACCAACGCCAACUUCAUUGGACCUGGACCCUCCACCAGAAACUGACUCAACCACUGCCGAACCAGUCGUUGCGCCCCCUACCAACCGCCACGUCCCUAUUAGACCGCGAAAUUUCCAAGAUCUCUCCAAAUGGGGCUACCAGAAACCACCGACCAUGAAUCCGAUGGCGGCCAAACGCGCUGAAAAAAAGUACCCUAAAGGCGGCCGUCCCUAG